AUGUACGGACAGAGUGGAACUGAUGCGGAUAUCACACUCCUCGACUCGAUUCGGCGCCACUUGCUGGGCGAGACGGAUCUACGGAUGGGAAAUUCGAUGGCCAACUCGGUUACGGGUCCGAUUUUCUCCCGGACCUCCAGCUUCAGCAGCCUGUACCCGUGCUUGACCGAAAACUGGGGCGAUUUGCCGCUCAAGGAGGACGAUUCCGAGGACAUGGUGCUCUACGGUGUUCUAAGGGACGCCGUUAACGUCGGGUGGGUCCCGUCGCUCGGGUCCGGGUCGGCUGAUACAUGUUCUUUAAACCUUUCGGUAAAAUCGGAACCGGAGGUUUUGACGCCGGUGAGUGAAGUGCCGGAGAAAAAACCGGCACCGGUUCAACCGGUCCGACCGGUUCAGCAGCCGUUGCAAGCCGGUCCAGCUGUGGUUCCCGCCAAAGGGAAGCAUUACAGGGGCGUACGGCAACGGCCGUGGGGCAAGUUCGCCGCCGAAAUUCGGGACCCGGCAAAGAAUGGCGCGAGGGUUUGGCUUGGAACUUUUGAAACGGCUGAGGAUGCGGCUUUGGCUUACGACAGAGCCGCUUAUAGAAUGCGCGGCUCCAGAGCUUUGUUGAAUUUCCCGCUCCGGGUUAACUCGGGCGAGCCUGAUCCGGUUCGGGUGACGUCGAAGCGGUCGUCGCCUGAGCCAUCCUCCUCGUCUUCGGAGAGCGGUUCUCCAAAGAGGAGGAAGAAGGUGGCUGUUUUGAACCCGGCUCAGGCCGGGUUGGAAAUGGGAGCUGGAAUUGGGCAGCAGCAAGUGGGAGGCCAAGUGGCGGUGUCGUGUACACAUGGCGAGCAGUUAUUAGUGAGCUGA